AUGUUCAUGUACUCACUUGACGGCACCAUAGUGGCUGAUCUCGUGCCCUCCAUCGCCAACGAGUUCCACGCUGUGCCGCUCCUCCCAUGGCUCUCCGUCGGUUUUAUGGUCGGUUCUAUUGUCACCGUCUUGCCGCUGGGGAAGCUCUACGGAAAAUAUAACGCCAAACACUUAUAUCUCAUCUCCGUCGUGCUCUUCCUCGCAGCAUCGGCACUGUGUGGUGCCGCACCGAAUAUGAGCGCGAUGAUUGUGGGCAGAGUGUUGCUUGGCAUGGCGGGAAACGGAAUCUACUUUGGCAUUUUGACGCUUCUGAGCGUGCACACGGGUGAUACGGAGCGCCCAACUUAUCUCUCAAUGGUCGGUCUGAUUUGGGGAGUUGGCACGGUCCUCGGACCUGUCGUUGGCGGUGGGUUUGACAAAGUCAAUUGGCGAUGGGCGUUCUACCUGAAUCUCAUAAUCGGCGGACUAUUUGCCCCCGUCUACGUCUUCCUCCUCCCCGCCUUUGACCCGUCCCCGUCUACCUCCUUCGUUGCCCGCGGUAAGAACUUCGACCUCCUCGGCGCCACCCUCUCUAUCGCCUCAAUCCUCAGCCUCGUUAUGGCCAUCAACUUCGGCAACGCCCUAUACUCCUGGGACAGCGCUCCCAUAAUUGUCCUCUUUGUCCUCGCUGGCGUUCUCCUCAUCCUCUUCGCCAUCCAGCAGAAACUCGCCUUGUUCACGACAAAAUCAGAGCGUAUGUUCCCCGCCCACCUCCUCCGCAGUAAGGAGGCCUGUCUCCUCUUUAUUGCGGCAGCUGGAUGCAAUGCUGCGGGAUUCCUGCCAGUCUACUAUAUCCCUGUGUACUUCCAGUUCUCUCGUGGCGAUAACGCUUUGGAGGCUGCGGUGCGGCUGUUACCGCUGAUCAUUGUGUUGAGUGCAACUAUUAUGGCGCAGGGGUUCUUCAUGAGCAAGCUCGGGUAUUAUCAGCCCUGGUAUCUUGUUGGUAGUGCGCUGUUACUGCCCGCAUUGAUGAGAAUACGAGAGUUGCCAACAUCUACGGAUACGAGAUUCUCGUCGCCAUCCGGCGCUGGGGCCUUCAUCCAGGCUGGUUAUGCGACAAUCCAGACUGUCGUCCCAGCUUCUGACACCUCAUAUGCCAUUGCCUUCAUGAUGCUCGCCCAAUUCAUCGGCAUCGUCUUCGGUCUCUCCAUCGGUGGCGCAAUCUUCAUCAACACCGCUCUGUCCUCCCUUCGUUCUCUCCUGCCUCUUCUCUCGGAAGCAGACCUUCGCGUCGUGAUCAGCGGCACCAGUUCAAAUGCCAUUGAGCUUAUCCCUGUGGCGCUGAGGAUGACGCGGUGGCAGCAAUUGUGGGGAGUUUGAGGAAGUUGUGUGUAAUUAUUUUUCGUACCCCCCGAAUUAUUACUAUGAAAGAAGGAGGCUGAUGUGGUCAUGUAGGUUUAUCCCAGCGUAUGUGGCUGCGGCGGUGGCGCUUGUGGUAUCGGUGUUUAUCAACGUGGGUUCUCUCCAAACUAUGAACUCUUAUCCCCUGUCUAUUAUUUAUCUAACUAACAACUGCAACAGCGCGGAAAAGCUUUCCAUGCCACAAGGGCAAGCAGCUAGUCGGUAGAUAUAUAUACGUAUGUCAUUGAUUUGAUGUGUUUGUAUGGGGAAGAAGACGUAGGGAUAAAGAUGGAGGGGUUUGCAGUAUUUACUGAGGUUUACAUUUCAAACCUGUGUUUUCGUUUUUCCUUUUGUUUUUAUUUAUUUUGUGCUUCGAUUUCGAGAGUAUGUGGGAAUGGGGCGUUUAAGCGUAUAGAAUAGACAGUGCGAAAAUUUACCCAUUUGCUUUUCUAUAAAUUACUACGGAAGGCUGGCGAGCAGGUGCAAAUGGCCAAAGGGGAAGACUCAUUG